AUGGCUCCAAGAACCUCUCUUGCACUCUUCCUUUCUCUCAACCUCCUCUGCUUCACUUACACCACUGCCACGUGCUCCAAGUGCACCCCCACACCAACGACCCCGACCCCGACCACGCCAACGAGCCCACCGCCCCCGACCACACCUAGCACAGGGACUUGUCCUAAAGAUGCCCUACAGAUCGCUGCUUGCGUUAAUGUGCUCAAUCUAGUGGACCUAACAUUGGGAAGCCCACCCGUAGAGCCAUGUUGUUCCCUUAUCCAAGGAUUGGCUGACCUUGAGGCUGCUGUCUGUCUCUGUACCUCGCUCAAGGCUAAGAUUCUUGGCAUCAUCAACCUUAACCUUCCCAUCAACCUCAGCGUCCUCCUCAAUGUUUGUAGUAGAACAGCUCCAAAGAAUUUCCAGUGCGCGUAA